AAGCGUUGAUUCCGGUAAAGAUCGGAAACUGUCGAUGUGAGUCUGGUAACCAAUAGUAACCAGUUUUGCUUAGUUUCAUGUAAACAAUCCUAUUAUGAAUAACAACAAUAACAAAAAAUAACAAACACAACUGAAAUCAGUUUUCGAUUGAAAACUAGAACUCGUUUCACCUUUCGAUCUAUGUUCAUCCUGGCAAGAAAUUUUUUCCCAAGGACAGCGGUUGGCUUGGAUCUCUCUAACGAUUAACGUAUUUUUAGUCGGUUUCGUUUGAUGCCAUUGAAAUGUCAAGAGCUGCUGGAACUCUAAUAACGACUACCAAGACAGACUAUGUGGCACCGCACUUUAUGCCAGGCUACUGUGGCCACUGUCCUACUAUUAAAUUUGACUUUGCCCAGACUUAUGGAAAUAUUACAUCAAAAUAUUUUCAAGAUUAUCGGUCUCAUGUACUAACAAGUUCCAAGUCUAACUACUGUUCGGGUGGACACCAUCCGACAUACAAUACAUUUAAUCCUGAGCUUGCAAUCAACAAGAGAGCUCGUUGUUGGGACAGCUGCAUAGUUUCUCCAAAAUACCGAAUGCUCAACUCUGAUUUAAGCAGCAGAGAUGCUUUAGAAAAAUUCUAUCAGUCUACUCAAGUUCACAGGAAUUACUACAAUGAUAAAAGUGGGACUAACUAUCCUGUUCAGUAUUUCCAGCUUCCCACACCAAUUGAAAAAGUUUUUCAGAAGAAAUCAUGUCUAUACCAACACCCAGUGUACAUAAAUGCAUAUGGAAAACCAGAUGCAUUGCCUGAGUUACAAAACAAACCACCGAAUCUAAAAAUCAGAAAAAGCUGUUAUGAUGAAUAAGGUUCCUAGGUUUCAGUAACAAUGUCACUAUGUAUAAAACUUACAACUACUGAUAUAGAUGUGAUGUGAAAAAGAUGAAACUCCACAGGAUCGUUCAGUGUCGAGAAGUUAUGACGUCAGCGUUUGUUUUGAUUCAUCAGAUGUUAGCAGCCAACACAUCACAGGACAAUGAGCAGACAGUUCAGAAACUGGAAGAUUGGUCAAUUAAAGUAAUGGCUCCAGAAAGUGAUUAACAUAAAAAAAAAGACCAUGUGAUUAACAUAAA